UCUCCCUCAGAGGGCCUGAGGGCUGAAUCAUACAAGGCCAGCUAAUGAAUCUGUUGCUUCCCGGGAACAACAUAGGACUGCAGAAACAGUUUGCACUGGGGUCUGCCGGGAGCAGCUUGGCACAUUCUAAACUAACGACUGAGAAUCGGCUGUGCAGCCAUGACCCUCAGGCCCUGCUGGAUGCUGAAGUCAAGACUAACACAGACUUCAUUCCACACAGAACUACAAGUGGGGGCGGGCGGCACUUGCUGAUUCUUGCUGGCGACGCAGAGGUGCGGGGCGGAGCGAGAGCAGGAAGAAAGAGGAAGGAGGGAAGAAAGGAAAAAUCGCGAAGAAAGUGUCCUGUGCCUGCCUCUUGGACCUUCUGCUGUCACCCGGGACACGGAGUGCUCAGAACACUCAACCGGGAUAGAAGAAAGAACGACAGCAUCAUGGCCUCAGUGUCCACUCAUGGGAACCAAGAGAAAAGUCACCACUUGCCGCCACUGAGCAAGCAGAGCCUGUUGUUUUGCCCCAAAUCAAAACUGCACAUCCACAGAGGGGAGAUCGCCAAGAUAAUCCGAGAGUGUCAAGAAGAGAGUUUCUGGAAGAGAGCCCUGCCUUUUUCUCUAAUAAGCAUGCUUGUCACCCAGGGACUGGUCCACCAAGGCUAUUUAGCUGCUAAUCCAAGAUUUGGAUCAUUGCCUAAAGUUGCACUGGCUGGCCUCUUGGGAUUUGGCCUUGGGAAAGCUUCCUACAUAAGAGUGUGCCAGAGUAAAUUCCAUUCCUUUGAAGAUCAGCUCCGUGGUGCUGGCUUUGGACCCGAGCAUAACAGAAUGCUGUUGUCCCUGCUUGGUAGACACGGAUGGCCUUUAACCAUCACCUCUACACUGAGUUACCCACAGUCCAGAGCUGGGCAGACUCUCUGAAGAGACAUUGGUGGUCAUAGGAAGAAGAGACUUCAACAUCCAGUUUAUUUGCAAACCCUGACAUUUCCAUUUAUGGUUGCAAGGCCGGGGGAAGCAUUAACUCUGUUUACGGACAACUCCAGGUUGGCUCCAUCCUGGCAAAGCUGUGUUUUGGACUCACCUCACAGUGCAGUUGGCCCAGGAUUCUGAUGUGUGCAGGCAAAAUAGAGAAAGGCAUUGUCAGCAAAGGAGGCGUUAUGAUGACUCUUCACUUCCUUUUCCUUUUUGGGAGGUUUUCUUGCUAUUAACCCAACAUCGGGUUCUGGAACAAUGAUGAAAUCUACAUUUUUUUCCAGCAGCCAUACUUCGUGUUUCAGCUUUUUAUUCUAUAGCUGUUUUGCCUGCCCACUUCUGUCAUUAAAAGCCGCACUCUGGGCUGGCACAAGUGGAGGGUAACUGGAGGUUAAGCCCUGUGUGAAAGGCCACUACCCUUUCACCUCAGAGGCAGUAAUUCACAAGGCCAUUUGAUUUUUCUAGCAAAGUAAAAGUGUAACAGCCUCCUAACAAUGUUGCAGUCCAAGAGGCAAUGCAGACAUAAAUGUUACUUUUUAGGCAAAUAUCUCACUAUAUUACCCCACAGGCCUCUUCACAGCCUAAGUCCCAAGCUCUUGGACUACAGGAGUAAGCCACUCCACCUAGAAUACUUUGUGAUUUUUGUGGUUGUGGUGGUGGUGGUGGUAGAAAUUACUCCACUUCGAGGUCAAAGAGUCACAGUGUUUAGCUUUUAUGUAACUCUGAGCACAAGUACAACCAUGUGUCUCAACAUAAACAUCAUUAUUGAAUGAUAUUUGGAUAAUUGUAAUCUAAGAAGCUAUUAUCCAAUUUAAAAACAACAACAACAGAAAAAGGUAAGUUAGUGAACUAUAAAAUCAAAUGUGUCUCCAUGCAUUGCUUACUGUGGUAAGAUGAGUGCUAGGAGAUGAAACACACACACACACACACACACACACACACCACACACACCCCACACACACAACACCACACACACCCCACACACACACAACACACACACAACACCACACACACACACACACACACACACCCCACACACACACACAAAGAGUUUCCGUUGUCAACAAGUGAGUCACCACCUGUUGCUGCUUCUUUUCCAGGCACUGCCUGCUCACCUGUGAGGACUGCAAAACCAGGCGAGGAUUAAGCGAGAAGGCAGAGUCACAGCCAUCUGCUUCCUAAACUGAGGCUGUGGUUUCCAAUCAUUUUUAAACCUCUGACUUUGUACACAUUUAAAAUUUCAAGUGUACCUUAAAAUAACAUACUUCUAUCAAAACAGAAACCUUGUAAUUCUCUCACUCCUCUGAAAUGCUUGCUGUUGAAGGCUCUCGAUUGACUUGAGCAUGGUAUAGUCUUCUCUUCUUUAAGAAGACAUUGGGAGCUGUCCCACACUACCCAGGAAAGAAGUUAAAGCCCGCUUUGCUUAGAGCUUCCCGGGAGAUCUUUGAAUAGCUUCUGGGUCAUCCUUCCCUGGUUCCCUCACUCUGAUUUAAUUUUUAUUUUCCGUGUUUUAAGUUUCUUGGUAGAGAACAGGAAUGGAUGAUGUGAAAGUUAGUUGGGACCAACUAAAGUCUAGAGCUGAGAUCUGUAACUCAGUGUUGAAGCAUUUUCUACGAAAGGGUCGCCAUUCAAACCUAUGUAAUCAACAAUGUGAUCAAUGUGACUUGGUUCACCACAAUGGUGGAGCUGUAAAAGUGACCGUCAUCUAUCCAUAGGUGUCCUGCUUGGCUCGUGGGCCCAUUCUCAGGGUUACCCAACAGUGGGUCCUUUUACCCAUUAUUAGAGACCUCAAAAAAGACGACUUCUUAACCCAUUCCCCCAGACAGCUUCCUAGAAGGUGCUGGAGGACUGAAUUAAUUCUAGAAAUGAGAAUCUCUGGGAACUUUUGGGAGCUCAGAGGCAGCCAAGGCAAUGGUGUCAGAUGGACUUUUGCUUAAAGGCAAGUUAGUUGAGCACUGUGUGAAAGCUGUUCUUAGAGCUUUGCAGCUUCUCGGGGGAAAAUGCUUUGUCUAUACAUCACCAUUUAAAUAAGGGGUAUGUGGGGUGUGUGGGGUGUGUGGGUACUUUUUACUCAGCACACCUGCAAGCCUAAAUCAUGGAGCUAAAAAGGGAAAUUUCAUUAGAGUUUCAUGUUUGAUGUAAAAUAUUUCAGUUUAAACAUCAAAACUAUUUUUGUGUGAACAUUGAAUGGAUUUGCCUGCAUUGAUUUUUAUAUGACAUACCCUGUUGACAGUCAAUAAAAUUCUAUUUCUGAAAAUCAAAA